CCCAUUUAGGGUUAUAUCACAAAAACAAGCAACGAAGCACGCAGCAGCUCCACCUCCUCAGUCACCAGCGCCGGCUGCCGCUGCUCCGCCUCCGCCCUCCGGCUGCUCCGUUUGCUCGAAGCAAUUUGGUGUAACAAUGAGAUCAAACAUUGUUUUUGAGGCAAAACAUCAAACACCUUGCUUGCUUCAGUUAGUUACAAAGCAAUCCGAUUUCGAUUUUAUUCACUUUUCUUUGGAUAUGACUCAUAUGCAGAAAUAUAUCAAAGCACCAUUGGCUCUUGUUCAUGAUGAAAUCGGAGGAAUAACAUGGGGGAAUUCAACAAUUGUUGAUUGAAUUGUGUGCACUUUUUGUUGCUCCAUCAUAAAUUUACAUCUUGUAGAUGCAUAUUAGAGGGUGCAAAAGCAGCUUGUGCUUUGAUAUAUUUCGAGUCCUCCCUGUAUUCACUCGACGGUUUUAAGCAUCAAAGUAGGCGAUAUUUGAGGUAAAGUUUCUUUCAAUUUUUAACUCGUUACUUAUGAUUUGUGGUUUUCGUAGGAUAGUUAUUUGAUUUGAUAUGAGCUUUGGCUCUUUAGCAAAUUUAGUUUUAUGAAACCUGAAUUUUGGACUAAUGCUAAUAGAAAUUUGAUAUGAAAUUUAUAUCUUUCGUAUGUUCCGUGACCCGACCCGACCUUACCCGGCCCGAAAAUUAUAACGAAUGUCAUAAAAAUUUGACCACCCAAAAAAGUGAACCCAUAGGAAAAAAAUCCUGGAUCCGCCACUGCCCAAGGGGAUGGUCCUCCACCCAUGGUGAGGUGACGCUUACGUGGCGGGUAGUCCCUUUGGGGAUGAAGCAAACCACACCCUAUGGUGUAAAUGUUAUCAUUGCAUAACUUAACAGAAAAAUCACAUUUACUAAGACUGGAGGGUAUGGAGAGCCUCAUCCUCAAGGGGAUGGGCCGCCACGUAAGCGGGCCCUAAAGGGGAUGGACCAAGGGGGUGUGGGAUGAACCCCUUUAUAUAUAUAUAUAUAUAUAUAUAUGUAUGUAUAGGUGUGUGUGAGGGAGAGAGGCGUCGACACCGGUUUGUGGAGGACGAAGAAGCCGGGCUUGGCCCGGCGCCUGAGUAGAGAGGUGGGGAAGACGGGGCGGCGAGUAAGGGACGGGCAUAAGGACGGCCCCCGUACCCUCCAGUCUAAGCGUAGAAAAAUAUGUAACCAAAGGUGCCCGCCAACAUAGAAUAUAGUGCCGUUGAAAGUAUCCUCUGAAUGACUCAAAGGCUAUAGUGCCGUUGAAAGUAUCCUCUGACUGUCUCAAAGUCUAUUGGUCAAUUAUUAUGAUUAUUGAUUAACACAAAAACCUAACAUUUUAUAAAAAUUCUUUUGAAAGUAAUAACUUUGUAUAGAGUUGUUUCUUUUUAGAAAUAAAAAAGCGUUCUACAAAUAGCUCAUAAAAAAAAUAAUAAGGCGGGGUAUUGCGGUCUCAAACCACUAGGGGCUUUAUUACGCCACGUUAGGCGACACAUAAACGGGGAGCUUUAUCGUUAACUUGCAUGGUGUAGAAAAAUGCGUACUAUAAAGCCUUUUUUAACUAUAAUAAAAAAAAGAGAAAGAAAAUAAACUCAAAUAUGAUUGGUUCAAGCAAUGGGCCCAUCCCCUUCUUUCAAUUCACGCCCGCUAUGGCUUUGGCGGAGGCCAAGGAUAGCGCCCCCCUUGGCGGAGGCAAGAUGUUGUAGGGUGCCAAAAUGGCUUAGGCGGCAGGGGAUGUGAGACAUGCCGAGUGGUCUAAUUAUAUUGAGCGUAACGUUCCGUUUAUUGAAACAACAUAUAGUAGUUCUCUCAUAAUCUUAAUAUCAUCUAUAAUAAAAAUUAAAAAUAUAAUCCGGACAACUGUCCAUGUUAAUUACGCCAACAAUUUGUCCAAUUAUGCCUUAGGACUUGGUGACUUGGUCCGUUCCCACCACGAGCCUAAUAUAUUGUGCACCACUUCUCACCGGCCUUUUAUAUAAACCCAACCACACAUCCAACUUGAACUCAAACCACAAAAUGGCUCAAAAGAUCUACUUUCUCUCACUCCUUGCAAUCCUAGCAGCCUUACAACUGGCUACGGCCGUGGACUACACAGUCACCAACCGGGCUGCAGCUACCCCUGGUGGUGUCAAGUUCAACAAUAACAUCGGGGUCACAUACACCAAACAAACUUUAGCCUCAGCAACAAGCUUUAUAUGGAACACAUUCCAACAAAACACACAAAGUGACAGAAAGAAUGUAGCAAGCGUAAAUGUGUUCAUUGAUGACAUGGAUGGUGUUGCAUAUACCUCCAACAACGAGAUUCAUGUCAGUGCACGAUACAUUCAGGGGUACUCUGGUGAUGUCAAGACUGAGAUCACCGGAGUACUUUAUCAUGAGAUGACACAUGUUUGGCAGUGGAACGGUAAUCGUCAAGCUCCAGGUGGAUUGAUUGAAGGAAUUGCGGAUUAUGUGAGGUUAAAGGCUGGGUACGCACCUAGCCAUUGGGUUCGGCCCGGACAGGGAAAUCGAUGGGACCAAGGGUACGAUGUGACGGCUCGAUUCCUCGACUAUUGUAAUGGUCUUAGAGGUGGGUUUGUUGCCCAACUUAAUAAGAAGAUGAGGAAUGGUUAUAACAAUAGCUUUUUUGUUGAGUUGUUAGGAAAGACGGUUGAUCAACUAUGGGCCGAAUACAAAGCUAAAUAUAAAGCUUAAGCUAAUUAAGAGUAUCAAUGUUUAGCUUCAAGAUAAUGUCUUGAACUUUUAUUUACAUAUUCCUAAAUAAAAUAAUGGACCUUUAUGUUUCGUAAAAAGCUUUGAUGAACAUAUAUUUAAACCAUAUCAAACAAGUUAUAUAUGAUGCCUUGUGUUUAUUUAAUAAGUAAGAACUGUAUAAAGCAUAGUAGAAACUAUUGGUUUUAGAUCACACCAAAGUCAUAAAAUUGUCGAGUUUUAGUUACUUCUAAAAGCAUAUUAGGUAAAGUUAAUUACAUCUUUUUCAUGCGUUUACUAAAGUGAAGUGUGUAGGAGAGACAUUGUGUACACUUUGUGCAUAAUGACUAUUUCACAUGACUUAAAAAUAAUGUUCAUCUAUACUAUACUAGUCUAAGAACCCGCGAAUUUCGCGGGUGGCUUAACACAAACAUUUUAUUAUUUAAUAGUGUUACAUAAACUAUUAAAAGAUUAUUUUUUUAUUUCUUGUUUGUAAUUUCUUUUUUAUUCUAGUUUUAUGGUAAUUUUUGUCUUAAUUGUUUUUUUUAAUUGUAUUUUUUUGUUAUAAAUUUAUUAUGUUUAUAAUCUAAUAAACAAAAUUAAAUUAAAUUAACUGAUUUAUUAAUUAUGACAUGAGUUUUAUCCCACAAUGAGCCCCUUGUGCAAUUGGCGUUAAUAUGGCGUGCUAAAGCCCAUAGGGGCUUUAUUCCACACCACCCAUCCUAAAUGAAAGACGCUACUGAAUGGCACAACAGUUGACAAAUGUAGCGGCAAUUAACUAACUAAAAAUAGUUAUCUACAGUUGAACUAAUAAAUUAUAUUACCAAACAGUGUUGACAUAGUCUUUGGAAUGAAAGACACGUCCCACUACUUAUGUUAAUAUAAAAUCACAAUAAAGAGUAAAGAAAGAACAGCAAAACAUCACAAGUCGUUAAAGAUUUCUUUAUACACCACAUUUGUAAUCGCGUAUUUCAUAUACGUGUCAACUUCGAUAAGUUCAUCAUGAGUAAACGGGCCGAUAUGUUAUAUAUGUGUAGCUUCUUGCUAAUUUGAAUAAAAUUAAAGAACAAAAACUACAUAUGCAAUAUUGGAAAGAGACUUAUUCCAUUAAUAAUCAGAAUGUGUCCUCUAUCCCAAAAAUCAUGUAUACUUUGAACUUUUUGGGUCAAACUUCUUACCUAUUCUGAUCUAAGAGAAUCUGGAUUUCUUCAUGAAACUAAAAUUAGAGAUUUAGAUUUUGUAGUGCUUACUCAUGUAUAAUUCAACCUAGAGUAUAUCCAUUAAAAAAAUAACCACAUGUUUUUUUAUUAGUGAGACAACUUUUCAGAGAUUGUUUGAAAACUAAAGUAAUUAACUUUCUUAGCUACUCAAAUCUAUAUAUCUAAUAAAGCAAACCAUUGGGGGACACAUGUCACCCAAUGGUUGAUGCCACCUAAUCAGCCAUGUCAUCAUCCACUUGGCACAUCUCAUAGUUGAGGAUUAGUGAGGCUUCUUAUGUAAGUUUCUAUUACACCGUAACCUUCAUUCUAACAUUUACCCCUAAUUAUCAUUCUCUCUCUCUCUCUCUCUCUCAAUCUUCACUGACAAUCUAAACCCAAACCCUAGAUCAAAAUUCGUCCGCCUCUUUAUCUUUCUCAAUCGUCUGCGAACAAUCUUCAAUCUAUCUUCAAAUCGCAAUCCUCACCUGUUUUAUAAUUCCAUCGUAAGUUUUCUUCACCAUCGCCAUCAUCCUACGUUUUUUUCAUUCAUAGAUGAUAUAGAUCUGAGAGUCGGUUGAUUCGUAAAAUUAGGUUUUUCGUGUGUUGAAUAUACGAACUGGUGAAACAUUUCAGGCUUAAUGAUGGUAAGUCAUCUGGAAUUCAAAAAAAUGUUGCUUUAAAGAUUUUUUGUGUGAAUCAAAAUUGCUCUCAAAAUAUGUUUGUAUUUAUAUUAAUAGAUAUUUUAUGGACAUGGUUGAACGAAUGCUGCAACUUAAUGGAAAAGUGUGAUAAAAGUCGUCUAUACUGGCAGUGAGUAUGUGGAGCAUGUUGGUGUUGGUGAUUAUAUUUUAAAGGUUUGUGAUGUUAUGAUGAGUUAUUCUUUCUGUUUGGGGUUUCAAGGGAUUGGAUUUUGAAAAAGCUUCACAUAUUCAUGAAAGACAUGUUGUGAAUUGGCUAUUGGCUGCUGGUUGUCAUCCGUUUGGACCAUAUUCUAAUGUUUAUCAAGUCACUGGACUGUUUCACUAAACUGUUUCUAAUGUAUAUAGGCACUACGGAGGUGACAAGGAGCUUAAAUUACUGUCUAAAUUGGUCAGCAAUGUUUUGUAUAAUCUGCCCUGGUACUUGAAGUAUAAAUUGGUCCAAUUAGUCAAUUUAUAUGAAAUUGUUGUGAUUAGUUGUAGAUACCUUAUAAAUGUUGUUGUUUGUAACACUUUUUAUGAGUUUAUGUUGUCAUAAGUUACUACUGAACGUUACUUUGAUGUUUAUUUUGUGUUUCCGUUUGCUAAUUUGAUUGUGGUAUCACCAGAUUUAUUUGGAGUCUCGAAUGAAGAAAGAUGUGCAGGUUUAAAAGAUUUAGGGUUUGGUGAGGCAUAACCGACGUUAAUGGCUCUUCUUAGGAAAAACAACGUUUUUGAAGAUCGGGUGGCCAGAGUCAACGCAUUUGACUCACAUGUUUUCGUUUUGAAGUGAUGUAUUCAAUUAUACGCAUAUAAGGUCACACUAGAAGAUGGAACUCAUUCAAAUGAAUAGACAAUCUGAAUGGGAUUACAUCCACCAGGCCUUUCAGCUGCUAAUGCAUUCGUAUCCGAGGAAGACUGGCGCAUUUCGCCACCGUGUCAUAUCUCGGAAUUAUCUUGCAAUACACAUAUCUUAGUAUCCGGUGUCUCUUUCGCGGUUAGCUUCGCUCUCAAACUAAACAAGCCUAAUUCAUGCUUAUAUACUAUCCAUGUUUUUCUGAUGUGUAUGAUUUAUUAUGUAUCCGAACCAAACUACCGCUAUAUGCCACAACCAUCAUAGCUCAAGUUCAAAACACCACCGAUCUGCGUAAAGAUCUCUCUCCCUGUAUAGUUUAAUUAUUCUCCUUAUAUGUGUGCAAUUGUAAAUAAAAAUAUUCGAUCCUCAUUUUGAAACCUUAGUUUAUGAAGAUCGUGAAUCGAGUUUGUUUAAUCGAGCUCCAUCUUCACUUUUGUUUAGUCAAAGGUCAAUAAUUGCAGUCGGUACAACUACAAUUGCAUCCGAAUUCUUAUUUAGUUGGUUUUCUUAUUUGGAUAGUAAUUUCUUUUGAUAUUUUUUUUAACACAUAGGACAUGCACCCAUCAAAGGGCAUCCUACCCUUAUAAAGUACCUAAUAUAUAGAAAUAAUUGCAUAUGACACCUGGUUAUUCAUUUGUUGAGUUUGACGAUCACAUGCUUGCGCUAGAUGCUAUUCGAGCCUUGGAGAGUAUGUUCAUUGUUUACGUAGAUGUACCAAUGUAUGAUCACCAUGUUGGGUUAUAUCGUUGGGUUUCUCUUAGAGUUUUAUGAUGAAUUUUUAUUGUGAUUUUAAUUUAUAUUUUAUUGAUUGCGGCUUUGUGUUUUUAUAUAUUUUCAUCACUCAUGUUUAACAAAUAAUAUCACAAGUGUAUUUCAAUAUGUGCAGGGAAAAACAUGUGGCGUGUAGAUCUCUUUCACAGCUCAGGUGGGCGUGGUGGUGAUCGGGUGGUCAUGGUAGUGGUGAUCACCUGAAAUGUUAUCAGUGUGGUGAGCAUGGUCAGUUUGCUCACGAAUUCCGCAACCAUGGUGGUUCAUGUGGUGAGCCUGGUCACUUUCUCAGUCAUCAAACUAAAUAAAAAAAGUUUGAUGGCAGUUUUUGAAACAAAAGAAGAUUACACUAACUCUUGAUUAGAAGUCAUUGAUGUUGGGUUCUGAGAUAGGUAAAUUUAUAUUUAACUGAUUAUAUAUUAUCUUUUUAGUGUUUUUUUUUUUUUUUUUGCAGUCUAGAAGCUUCUAUCUACCAGAAUCAACUUGACUGUUUUAUAAAAGCAAAUAUGGACAUAUAUCGGAUGCGAUGGAAGUUGUUUUGAAGGAAAACCAAUGUAUAUGUACAGUAUGGGAGGGGGAUGGCUGCACACAGCCCAGGUUCAUCCUAGCGAUGUUAUUGUAAUGCUCGGUCCGAAAAUGCAAUUGCAAAGAUCAAAGUACAUAUACCCAUUUCUUAUUUUACUUUACUUUUUGUUAUGUCACUAUGUUUCUUCUUUAAUUCAACUUGGAUUUUGUACCCGGUUGUUAAGUUUGAUUUAUGAGUUAUUAUCAAAGCCCUAAUCAAGGGUUUGCAUAAUAUCCUCUUUUUUCUAGAUUUUAUGUUUUCUUUCUCUGAAUCUAACGAUAGGUUAUCACAAUAUUUAUAUGUUAUUUGAAGCCAACAACUUAAAUUUUUGUCAUUGAUGCUUCAAUUGUGGUUAUUAACCAUUGGGCUGGACCAGGUGCGUUUCUCAUCGAUUUGAUCUUAUUUUAGUUCCAUUUUAUUGAUUUAUUGUGAUUUUAACUUUGGGUGUGAUGUUUUCAUUUGAUUUGAUUUCAACAGGGAUUGUUCUCUCCAUUGAUCACUGCUUUAUUCUUACCAUAAAUUUAAACGACCUUUGAUCAACUUUAGAUAUAUUGACGAUGGUAGCAGCGAACUUUAUUUAGUUUUUUGUUGUAAUUAACUUUAGAUAUAUUGACGAUGGAACAAGUGGUUUGUGCAAAAGUUCGCGAGGGUGAUAAACGAACUGUACGGGUUAAAGAAGGUAAUCCCAGUGGUUGCCAUGUAGUUAUCGUUUAUGAUCUGGUGCAAUCUGGACGUACUUUAAUCGAAUGUCAGAAAGUUUUGGCAGCUCAUGGUGCAACCAAGGUCAGUGCAUAUGUCACUCAUGCAGUGUUUCCGAAGAACUCUUGGAAGAAAUUUGUUCACAAAAACGGUGGUAAGCCUCUCUCUUUAAUGCUCUUUGUGUCUUUCUAUUUUACAUUACUCAUGCAGUGUUUUCGAAGAACUCUUGGAACAUUUUUGGUAACUCGAAGGAUAUGCAUCUUUAAAGGGACUCGACUAUUUUUAAAUUGUGUAUCCACUGUAUCACUAAUUUAUGUAACAUGAGACUUUGUAUUUUAUUUUAUUUAUACACUUGAUAUUUAUCUUAAUAGUUUUCUGUUUUUUUCUUCCAAUGUAUGCGUUUGUACAAAAUAUUAUAUUUCAAAGUAAAUAAUAUGGUUUUGGAUGAAGCCGCGCAUCGCGCGGGCAUUAA